AUGCGACAGCUUUCAAUAUUUGCGGCGGCUGUCAUCCUCAUCUCGGCGGACGCCAAAAAUGUUCUGAACCCGAAAGGACCACCAUGCCCGGAUGGUGACGGGCUUUAUGCUGUUGGUUGCAGCUCAAAGUAUCUUCAGUGUGUCAACAAUGUUGAAUAUGAGCAGUCAUGCCCAGAGGGUCUUUAUUUUGACCGCUUAUUAGCACGUUGUGAGCGUCGUUCUAGCAACCAUCUCUGUGCCACAGGUGAUCGUGUAACACUCAAUGUCCGCCAAAAGGCCGUUUCGAUAAAUUGUGUGGGCAGACUUAGUGGGGAUUAUGCACUGGACAAGACUGUGUGUAAUGAAAACUAUUAUCAGUGUGCAAAUGGAAUAUCUUACAUGAGAAAGUGUCCAUACCAGCAAGUAUACGUUCCAAUUCUCAAGCGAUGCGAUUACCACACCAACUGUAAUGCUUCUGGAGGAGUUAAAGAUCAAGCAGCUGCUGCCUAUGCUUCACCAACAUAUGAUUCGGAUAACUACAUCGUCACUACCAAAGAAUUUGAAAAUGGGCACAAUGGAUUGGACUGUAAAGUUACUGGAGACAUGCAUUUCACUGAUAACGUGAAGUGUUCCCCAUAUUUCUGGCAGUGUUCGAAUGGAAAGCUGUUCAGAAAAACUUGUCCAGAAAAGCUAAUCUACGUUUUGGACCAAAACCUGUGUGACUUUCCAGAGUCUGUGAAAGAUUGUCCAGAAUAUAACGGCUCCGAAACUUCGUAUAGAGCACCAAAAACCACUACUUCUUCUUCUUCUUAUGGGUCAAUUGCUGAAGCUCCAGUGGAUCCAACCCCAUAUGCUCCAGCUUCCGCGCCAGUCUAUUCCCCACCAAGAACAACCUACGUCCCACGCUCGACAUCAGCAGCUCCACCAAAUCCACCACCACAAAAUCCAACUGCUGCCCCAUAUGUUCCAACUGAAGCUACACCUUCACCUGUCUUCUCUUCAACAGUCAGAUACAAUCCAGCAGUACACGGAGAUUGCAAAAAUAGAGACGGAAUCUUUGGAAUCAAAGAGUGCCACGCAUCAUUUUUGAGUUGUGACAACGGAGUUGGUCGGGUUAUUCAAUGCGCGGAUAAUCUUGUAUUCGACACAAGAGUGUCAGCUUGCGAAUUCGCAGCAAUUUGUCUAGAGCCACGAAAACCAGAAGAUGUACCUGUUCUUUACAAUCACGGAGGAGCCUAUAACGAGAGACCAGCUGAAGUGAAAGUAGACUUUGACUGUACCGGAAAACCAAACGGAAAGUACAUCAAGGAAGCAUGCACCAAAAGCUUCUUCACUUGUCACGAUGGAAGAGCUUUUGCGAAUGACUGUCCUGGCGAUCUAGUCUUUAACAAAGCUACUGGCACCUGUGAUUUUGCUGAAAACUGUGAAAAAAACUACAUGGAACCAUCUCAAAUUUACAAAGGUGAAGACACUCCAACUACUACAAUUGGAUACUCGUCGUCCGUAGUGUACACAACCACUGAACAACCAGCAACAAAGCCGUACACACAGCCACCAAGAGACACUGAACGGCCAUCAACGAUUUACGGACGUCCAAUUUACACCAAGGCUCCGACCACUGUUGGAUAUGAACAACCAAAAGCUACAUACACUACUCAGGCUCCAGUCACAACUACAAUUGCUUUGGACGACUUUUCCUGCAAACACCUCGCUGAUGGAAACCAUGCCUCUGGUCUCUGCAAGAGCGUAUUCUACAUUUGCGCAAACGGACAAGUCGUUGCAACUACAUGUCCAGCAAAUCUGAUCUUCAAUCCAUAUGUCGGAGAAUGUGAUUACAGUACGAAUGUCCGAGAUUGUCAAGGGUACCAACCAACCACCACUCCAUCAUACUCCUACCCUAAAACUACCAGCAAACCAUAUGAACAACCAAGUACCACCCAAGGAUAUGCUCCAAUUGAAUAUACUCCGGUUACUCCAGGGUACGCACCACAAUACACAUCAACAAUCUUCACAACAACUCUAUCCCCAAAAUACGCUGCAAUGUGUGCAAAACGUGAUGAUGGAAACUAUGGAUUUGACUGCGAAAAAUACUUGAUCAAAUGCUACAAUCGUAAAACAUUCAAGUUCCCUUGCCCGUCAGGAUUGUACUACAGUCGUCUACAAGAUAAAUGUGACGUGAAGGAAAAUGUGGAGGGAUGUCCAGAGUACAAACCAACUACAGACGCAACACCAGCUGCCGAGCAACCAGUCAUUUCAUAUCAAAACUAUGGAUACUCUCAAAGCACCACCAAAGCGUACAAUCCAUCCGUGACCACUCCAUCGCCACAGCAUGCUGCUUUCUGUGAAAGACUCGAAAAUGGAAACUACGGUCUUGAUUGUGAGGACUAUUACAUCUCGUGCAACAACUUUGAGACUACAAUUAAUCGUUGCCCCGCAGGAUUGUUUUACAGCAAAUUGAACAAUCGAUGUGACUACAAGGAGCAUGUCGAAGAUUGCCCAGAAUACAAGCCAACUCCUUCUACAACACCAGCAGCAGAGCAACCAGGCACGACAAAAUAUACAACUUACAACUACCCAAACAUUGAUUACACCUCCACAACUCCAGGACCAGUAGACACCACACCGUUGGCAAAGGCGUUCUCCUGCUCCGGACGUCCUGAUGGAAUCUAUGCUCUUCCGUACUGCUCACAAGACUACGUUCAAUGCAUGCAAGGUCGUUCACUUAUUUCCUCAUGUGCCCCCGGACUUUUUUACAACGAAAAGAAUGGAAUGUGUGCUUACAAACACACCGUGGAUACAUGCAAAAUCGGCAAAGGAUCUGACAUAAUCGAUUCGAAUGCUUGUUUUGGAAAAUCAGAUGGUUAUUACUCUGCUGGGUGCUCCUCAUAUUACUUUUCCUGCAUUGAUGAACAGAUUCGUAAGAUGAGCUGCCCGAACAGUCUCAAAUUCUCCAAGGAAUCCGAAAAGUGUGUAUUCCCAAUUGACGCAAAGGAAUGCUCAAUUGCAACCACUCUAGACAGAACACCUCCAGCAGUGCCAAGUGAUUUCUGCACGAUCAGAUCUAACGGACUCCACCACCUCAAAAUGUGCUCCCCACAUUACAUUGUCUGUGACAACGGAAGAGCCUUUUCUGGAACUUGUAUUGCUCCAUUGGUGUACAAUGGGGACACGCAAACUUGUAAUUAUAAGAGCACCAAUAAGGACUGUGGCAAUGAUUACAUACCUCCAGUUGCUGAAGUCACAUCUAGUUACACAACUUACACCACCAAAAGAUUUGAGCAGCCAGCUCCAACCACGACUGCAGCCCCGUAUCAACCUCAAACAACGACUACUGGAAAGGUUCUCUACAAAGCUGCAUAUACCACCACCGCUACACAGUAUGAAGAACCAGCAACAACUCCCUCUCGCGAUGUAGAGACUCCAACCACCACUACUCACAAACCGUACGAGACAACCACUGAAGCACAAGAUGCAACCACAACUACUACAGCUUCAUAUGUGGCCCCAACUACAAGUUCUGCGUAUAAGUCAUAUUAAUAUAUACACUUAUUUUUGCCUUACGUCUUUUUUGAGUUUUCAAUGAAUUAUUAUAU